AUGAGCAAAGCGAGCGUCGAACAAGCACUUAGCGGACUUGUACCAGCCCUCAACGGUCCUCUGCCACCGGAACUCCUCGAACUCGCCCUCUCAUUUCUCGCACGCUCCCGCAGCGUCGCAAGCUCCUUGAAACCAGACGAAGAGAUAGCACGACCCUAUGCCUGCGCUCAAUUAGCUUGUGAAAGGCUCAAGAAACGACUCAACUUACCCACCAUUACAUCACGACCCCCAUGCGCCCCACGCAUCUACAAGAAACUCUACGCAUACCUCACAAGCGCACUGCUACCCCCGUCCACAACGACUCCCAACCAACCUCAAACACCACGCAAGAACAGAGAUGCAGCAACGAACUCCACGCAAAACACGCCGUCAAGAACACCGACGAGCGGGAGAAGAACACCAAAGAGUACACGAGGCGGUGCGCAUACAUUUGAAGAAGCGCCAGAAUGGGUCAUGCCUGCUAUCCGCUCACUAGUCAAGGCAUUUGAGUAUCCAGCCGCCGCACCGCAUAUAUACACGGGCGUUGAAACCAUACUGCCACUGCUGGCUAGGACGACUGCUGCUGCUGGAGCCGAGACGCCGAGUAAACGCUCACGAGGCUCGGAUUCGAGGCGGAACGAGAUAACAGACACCCAGAUAUUAGGCCUGAUUGCUGUGGUGUUCCUUUAUGUGUUCGCCCGAAUGAAGGAUGUUGACGUGUCGGAAAAACAUUAUGCCGUGUGGAGCGAAAGAGCUGUGCGUAUGCUUUGUGAGACAGCGGUUGGGGAGACGACGUCGUCUGAGGAGAUGUUGCUGGUGAUGGAGGCGUUGAUGCCGAUGGUGCAUGAGGAGGGCUGGUUGGACAUGGAGUGGUUUUCGAACAUUUUGCCCGAGGGGAGUGGGGAGGCUGUGCAGGGUGUGGAGACGACCGAGGGAGAUCAGCCAGGGGCCAGCGCUGUAGCGGUAAAGGGGAUGGGAAAAGGUAUGGGAGGUGGAGGAAGCGAGUACAUUGGUUUGGCAACCAUGAUGCAAGAUGCCACGGAUUACUUGGGCGAGCGCCAACGAGACAACUAUCAGCAGUGGAAAUCUCGUAUCCUAGAACGCGCUCGGGAAAUCGAAUCCACUACCUAA